AUCCCGAUACAUCGUAUCUUCAAUGGAACAGUACUUUUCCGGCCAUAUCAAUGUGUUUUGGAAAGGGACGAACGAAUCAGAUAACAAACUUUUUGAAGGAACAUUGGAUGAGCAGCAAUUUUACUCCCUCCAAAAAUGCAGCAUACUUAUGGACAAAAGUGGCCCAGGCGUAUCUAUUCAUCAGUCCCAAUGCCAACAUUGACGAAGACAAUAACAUAGUUUGUGAUGGAUUCAAUAGUACGUGCAAUUUAAAUUUAGAAGUUAUGAGAAAUGCGUUUUUUCCAACAGAUUGCAAGGAAGUAUUUAUUAGUGUCAAAUACAAAGGCCAGGCGUACGAUUGUGAUCAACUGUUCAAGUUUUCUCUCACCGAAAUGGGAAGCUGUUUUACCACAAACAGUAUUUACAAUCAGUGA